GGGUUUUUACUUUCGCGAUUUUGCUUCCAAAUUCUUGCUAAAUCUCUACGGUUUUGUGCGGUCUGCGCUCUCUUUGAGGCUUCAAGAACAAUUUCCCAAAACCAAAAUCAGGUAAUGGUUAUGAAUUUUGGAUUUUGAUUAUGUCGAAGUGCUAUUCUCCUUUCUCUCUUUCUGUGAUUGAUUUUGGGUUUUUUGAAGGAAAUUAGGGUUGGGAGUGAGAAUGUAUUGAGUGUGUGAGAAUUUUUAAGGGUCUUGACUCUGUUCCUCCUCCUACUUUAUGUAGAAAUUGAGGAGAUGUCUUCAGAAGGGACCAUGAGUGUAGUGGGGAGUGAGGUGAUGCCCCUAGAUUACGGGAGCAUUGAUUCGGAGAGCAGUCCAUCUCCAACUAGUUUGGAGAGGACAGUGGAGGAGAGGAGGGAGCAAAGGCUAGUAGAGGAGGAGGAAGAUGAGAUGCCCUCAAACAUUUUGGAGGCUGGGAGUGGUGUAGAUGGGUGUUAUGACCUAUAUUUAGAGAUAGUAUCUGAGUUGAGGGGGUAUGUGAGCGAGUUAAGUAGCAAGGAUAGUCUUAGGGGUCUCGUGGGUAACUGCAAUCUCCCUCACCAUGUCCUAAUUAGGCCUAUCGGGGUGAAUGAGAGGGCAUGCUCAGUACCCCGAGACCAUUUGAUGCCCCUAUACGUCCACUAUUUGAUUGCAAGGCUUAGGUUUCCCAUUCCAGAAUUACUGGUUGGGUUACUAUUAGAUUAUAGUAUAGAAAUAACCCAACUAACCCCAAAUGCCAUAAGGGCUGGGGGUAAGGGGGAGAAGGGGUGGUAUUACUUCGGUCCUCGGUCGUCCAACAAAGAGAAUAGGAGUUUAUUCUCUGCUGGACCGUCAUCCAUCAAAGGAUGGAAAGAAAAAUUCUUCUUUGUGGAUGACACCGAGUGGAGUAUUAGGGAUGCCGAAGUGGAACAGUUGUCUGCUUGGAAAGCUAAGAAACCAAGCAGAACAACUAUAACUGAGAUGGACGAGUUUAUAAAUGUUGCUCGGGGGCUGCGCAUCCCAAAGAAGCCAAGGAAAAAGUCAAAGACUUCAACUACGAUAAAGAAGGGGGUGGCAGAAAGGGAGCGGCUGUCCAGCACUUCUGCUCGGGCGUUGGAGGUGCAGCUAAGGCCAGAGCCUGUGAUGGGGGGCAGUGAGGAUGCGAGCGAGGAGGUGGCGUCGCUCCAAAGGAAAAAGAGGAAGGUGGCAGAGCAAGAAGCCAGGGAGGAUGAGGUGGUGGAGUUCGUGCCCCGGCCUUCUCCUCCAGAAAUUGAUCCUGAAAAGAGUUUGUUCGAAGCAACAAACACUACUGGGGCGAAACGCUUCCUCAACGCCACUCUCCUUGAGGUUGAUAAGAGGCAGGCAAGGGACCAGGUGGUGAGCCAACUAAGGGCUACAGUUGUGAGGCAUGCUCUGGAGAGUGCAAGCUGGACAAACACUCUAGCGCAGGAGUACGUGGAGAGCAAGGAGAAGGAAGAGUGGGAGAAAGAGAAGAAGGAGAUGCAGAGGAGGCUGGAUGAAGUUCUUCCUUCAGUGACCGAGCUCCAGAACGACAAUGAUGUCUUGAGCACGAAACUUGUCCUUGAAGAACGCAAGAGGAAGAUCUAUGAGGAGAAGCUCGAACUUCAAGACAAAUAUAUUGACAACAUGAGGAAAGGAGCGGUAAAGCUGAAGAAGAACUUGAAUCUGUUGGUUCACAACGGGAUGGAGGAGCACAUUGGCAACUUCCUCAACUCCAGCACCUUCGAGAACAUCCUCAAGCUGUACCGGCUACCAACCGCAAUCGUGGCCUUCACCGACUGUAGAAAGAAGGUGAAGGCCCAGUACGCAGAGGUGGACGUGACAAUGGUCACCUUUGGGGAACAAGAAGAAGGAAUGGAGGAGGAUGGUGAGAGUCUUUCUGCUGACUUCCGACCUCUGAUCAAGUUGAGGUGGGAGCAUGACGUAGAGGGACGCACUAUCUUUCCUCCAGCCUUUGAUGCUGAGCUGGUGGCAGUGGAGGAAGAAGGAGAGGAAGAAGAAGAAGCGCAAGGCGUUGGAGUUGAGGAUCAGGCAGCUCUGGCCGUAGUGCAGCCUCCUGAGGUGCAUCCAGUCUCUUCUGACGAAGUGCAGCAGCUGGCUCCUCCUAAAGCAGAAGUGCCACCCCUGCCUGCUGGAGAUGAGCCGAUUCAACCCCCUCUUCCUGUUGAGGAACAGCCUCCUCCUCUAGCAGAGUAGCUUAGGUUUUUAUAUUUGUAGUUAUAUCUGUAAAUAACUUUUUUGUAAUUAAGGUUUUAUUUAUAAAAUUUUUGAAGUUUA